GCUAAACACGUCAUGUCAUCGGCGCUCGUCUUCCAUAAACGGUGUAGCAUUUGUGCUGAGCGGACGUGCACUGUGUCAAUGUUUGUUUAUUAUUUUAAAAUAUUAAUAACUGUUUAGUUGUGCAAAAGUGUUUUGUGUCGUUAAGUGAAUGUUCCAUGGUCAUAAAUAUAAAACACUAGUUGAAUAAUCUCUACACAUGAAAAGAUAUACCAACUCAUGACCGAUGCUUAAUAAAAAUAGAAAAUGACUGAAAAGCCAGCAAAACCCAUCAAAAUAACCGCCGUAGGCGAUGGUUAUAUUGGAAAAACUUGUUUAUUAAUUACCUACACAAAGGGAGUUUUCCCUGAAGAAUAUGUACCCACAGUAUUUGAUAAUUAUUCUGGCAAUAUAACCGUUGAUGGACGUGAUCAUGGGAUGACUCUUUGGGAUACUGCGGGCCAGGAAGACUAUGAAAGACUUAGGCCACUUUCUUAUCCCAACACGGAUUGCUUUCUAUUAUGCUAUUCAAUUGGAAGUCGUGAUAGUUUUGAGAAUGUUCAUACAAAAUGGUAUCCAGAAAUCAGGCAUUUCUCACCUAGAGUACCUAUCGUAUUAGUUGCGACCAAAAUUGAUCUUCGAACGUCGGACGCUGGUGCUGGGGAAGUAAAACCCGGAACUAAACCUGGUGGUUUAGUAUCACACCAGGAAGGUAAAAAAAUGCGAAAUAAAAUUCGGGCCCACGCAUUAGUUGAAUGCUCGGCAAUGGAGAAAACUAAUUUGGACGCAGUAUUUGAGGAAGCAGUGCGAGCUGCAGCCCAACCAGUGGCUAAACGGAGAGUAAACUGCAAAUUGUUGUGAUUUGAGAAUGAUAUAUUAUAAAUUUUAGCAUUUCUUUUAUACGUGUCGAUGAACAUUUUUUACUUUCUACUUAAUUUCUAUGUUUAAGGUGCACAACUAGUGUAAGCGCCUAAAAAAGGUGAUUUUUGGGAAUUUAUAUUAAAAAAAUUACUUUAUCUAGCAUUUCAAAAUUUUAGGAAUAUAUUU